AUGGCCGACAAAACUUUCUUUAUAUCGUGGGAACUAUGGCAGAAGAUGACCUUUGUGCUGGCGGGAGCCAUUGUGGUCGUCUUCAUCGUGGGAUUAAUAAAGUCGUGGUGGACAGGGCGGAUGAUGAAGAAACAAGAGAAGCUGGACGCCGAGAAGAGGGCCCGGUCUGAAGAAUUGAGAAAGUCAGGAAUAUCUACAAAGCGCGGCCAUGACGUUCCAUUUGGUGUUCGAGCCCUCCAAAGUGGCAUUGAAGUCGAAGGGAUUUGGAUUUGCGACCCGAAGAGCGAGUCUUCCAGCAACCUUCUCGCCGGUAUGGAGUCUGAUUCUCAGAGGAAUGGAGGGCAACGGUACUCCGAUUAUGACGACGGAAAGAUGCCUUCCGCCAAAGCCGCUCACUCUCCCAACGGCUCGAUCUCUCAGAGACCCGCCGACGCCGCGUCCAUUCAUAGUGGCCGUUCCAUCCCCCUGCACACGUUCAGCCCUAGACGACCAGCCUCGAGACCAUCCUCAUCACGUUCGGCUGUCGCUCCCGACGUCAACGAGGACACUUUACGCAGGCUGGAAGGCCGCUCCACACCUGUGGCAUCUUCGCUACGCAACCUCUCGCAUGGCAGCACCGGCUCUGUCUCUGGAGACACUGUCGCCCAGAGCGAUUCACAAACGAAUGGAAGCAACCUGCUUGAUGUUCCUCGCCGGAGCCCACAGGGCAGUGUGAGGUCUCUGCAGCAGAAGCAGUCUCAGAGUGACUUGCCUGCCCCAAAUCCGACGUUUGGGCCUGGAGAAUUGCAUUAUAACCGGGGUUCUGGAUCCAAUUGUCAUGCUUAG